UCUCUCUCUCUCUCUCUCUCUCUCUAUAUAUAUAUAUAUAUAUAUAUAUUCAGAAUCGAACCCUUUUUAGUUUUGAUUUUGAUUGUGCUGCUCCUCGCCAAUAUUCAUUAAUUUCUUUACUCAUUGCAAUCUUCACACGCUACUUUUCAGCCACAUCUAGAAUUUAAAAAAUGCCUAAAGUUAGAAGAGUGCAGUCCCCGUCUACUGAUCGCAGUAGAUCAUAUCCUUACCCCACCAACUCCAAAAAUGUUGAGCUGCAUAAACCUAUGAAUUUGUUGGGAUCAGUUGAUGAAAUGAAAGAAUGGGAAGAAGCUAGGUGUCCUAUUUGCAUGGAACCCCCUCAUAAUGGUGUUCUUCUGAAAUGUUCUUCCCAUGAGAUGGGUUGCCGUCCUUACAUGUGCAAUACCAGUUACCGUCACUCCAACUGCCUUGACCAGUUUUGUAAGUCGUUUGCUUCUCAUCUCUCAUCAGCAAUACUGGAAGAAAUUCCGUUCACAAGCACAGCCUUGGGUAGCAGGGAAUUUCAGUCUAACCCUGGGUACCCCUCUCAAUGUGGGAGCCAGUUGCAACCAAAGCUCAUCUGCCCUCUUUGCCGUGGAGAAAUAUAUGGAUAUAUGGUUUUUGAGCCUGCAAGAAGGUAUAUGAAUUGUAAAGUAAGAAGUUGUUCUUCUGAGACGUGUGAAUUUCAGGGAACAUAUCCAGAACUCAGGAAGCAUGCUAGGUCUGAGCACCCUUCUGUUCGCCCAUCAGAGGUGGAUCCCUUAAGACAGUGUGAUUGGUUAAGGAUGGAACAAGAAAGGGACUUGGAAGAUCUUUUUAGCUCUGUCCUUGCAGGUUCUGGUGCAGAACACAAUAGAGACACCAUUUUGACUGGGGGUCUUGCUGACUUGAUGUCCUUGUUCUUGUAUGAAAUCUUUUCCUCUAUUGAAGAUGCUAACCGGAUGACUAAUUGGUUAUCUAAUUCAAGACAUAGAGUGCCAUUAUAUGACGCAAGGUCUGGAACAAUGCACAGGAUAUCAAAUGAUACGCAGACAAAUCAAUCACCCCAUCAAUUUGAGAGAAUUCAUACAAGUAGAUGGAGAACCAGUGUUUCAUCAUCUCAUGAUCUUGAAUCAAAUCGUACGGCUAGAUGGAGAACAAAUUUUUCAUCUUUGAGUAUGCCUCACGAUAUUCAUCAGUAUUAUAGAGAGUUGAGCUCCGGGGUUAGAACACCUUCAAUAAGGAUGCCUCGGCCCUCACAAGGUCCCCAGAGCAACAUUUCUUCAUCCGGAAGGAUUCUUGGUCAUCAAUUACGCUGGCGUGAUCAAAGAUGGUCUACACACAACAACCAACGAUGAGUGGUAAUAGAUAUAAACUAGUCUAUCAAAUAAUUACAAAUGUUUCUUCUGCUGUUUAUGAUGGAGAUACUUUAACUAUCAUUUUACUUCGUUUUAUUCGAGGAUUUGGUUCAAUGAAAUUGUAUUGUAACUGAUAGUUGUUAGUCUCACAAUUUGGUUUUACAGAGGAUGGUGUUACAUAUGAGUUCAUUAAGCCACUGAUAGUUCAUUCAACUCGAGAUUUUUGUCUUU